UAGGCUCUUACUAAGAUUGAACAUUUUGAUGCUUGAGUUCUCAUCUCUCUGGGCCCUUUUGCUUUUCUCUACCUCAUAGGGAGAAAAAAGGCCACAUAAACCUAACUGCCAAAUCCCAGCUAAUGUGUGGGUAACGUUUUACCACUAAAAGUGAACUAACAGACUAGAAGGUUUGUGGCCAACUUUGCACAUAGAGAAGAUAGCUCUUUACUUAAAACAAUGGGCAGAUUUCUUGAGGAAACUUGAUGAUCUUGGCCUGUCUCGCAAAGAAAAAGAAACACUAAGAAAACAGACUGUUUAAUUCAGUUUGGAGGAUAAGCUUCCACAGAUAAGGUUGCACUGUGAACUCCCGGCUGGCCUGGAAAUGUCUAUCCUCAUGGCUCAAUCUUUCAAGUUGUGAGACCACCACCACACCCAGCAAAAUAAGAAGAAAAUAUAACCUAUAGAGAGACCUUCUUCUGGCAGAAGAUGAUAGAUUUGGAUCAGAAACAGGAGGUGUUAGAAGCCAGCAAUCAAAAGUGAAGGAAAUUCUGCAAACCUUUGGGUUCCUGUCACUGUCACCAUGCCAGAAAUGACAGAGCAUGAGACUCCUUCAAAAAAGCAACACAGAAAGAAAAACCGGGAGACACACAAUGCAGUGGAGAGACACAGAAAGAAGAAAAUUAAUGCUGGAAUAAACAGAAUAGGAGAGCUGAUCCCAUGUUCCCCUGCUCUGAAACAGAGCAAGAAUAUGAUCUUGGACCAAGCCUUUAAAUAUAUAACAGAAUUGAAACGGCAAAAUGAUGAGCUCUUACUUAAUGGAGGAAACAAUGAACAAGCUGAAGAAAUUAAAAAGCUACGGAAACAACUGGAAGAAAUCCAAAAAGAAAAUGGCCGCUAUAUUGAAUUACUGAAAGCAAACGACAUAUGCUUAUAUGAUGACCCCACAAUCCACUGGAAAGGAAAUCUUAAAAACUCAAAGGUGUCUCUUGUUAUUCCAAGUGACCAGGUCCAAAAAAACAUCAUUGUUUAUUCUAGUGGGAGUCAGCCCAGUGGAAACAGCCAGGGAACACCUGUUCAAGGGAUAACCUUUAACGUUGGUCACAAUUUGCAAAAGCAAACUGCCAAUGUGGUGCCAGUACAGAGGACUUGCAAUCUUGUGACUCCUGUGUCUAUUUCUGGAGUUUACCCUUCUGAAAACAAGCCAUGGCAUCAGACUGCAGUUCCUGCAUUGGCUGCCAGCCAGCCUGUUCCCCUUUGUCUUCCUGCUGCCAUUUCUGCUCAAAAUAUUCUCGAACUUUCCACCUCUGAAAGUGAAUCAAGUGUGCUUGGUGCCACUGCUGGCUCACUGAUCACUGUUUCAGUUGGGCCUGAUCCUCACCAACAUCGUUCCUUGCACACAGGCCUAAAUGAUCAAAAUGCUUCAGAAAGUAACAGUGCGCAAGAGAACCCACAAUCAUUAAAGAAAGCAGUCCCUUGUAUUACAAGCAUCUCCUCCAGCUCCUCAGCAACUGACACUAAAGUACACCAUGGAACCAAGUCCUGCCUGAGUGUGCAGGACUUCAGAGGUGAUUUUCAAAACACCCUUGUGUCAGUUACCACCACAGUCUGCACCCAGCCUCCCAGGGGUACUGGUGAUUCUCCUCCAGUGAGUGUUAGCAAGACCACAGACUCAACAAAUACAACCGCAGUGUUGGCAUCAGCUCCCACUGGAGUAGGCAAGGCCACCCUUGCAGUAAGCACUCUUUCUGCAAAUCUUUUGGAUAAUGAUUGGACUCUUUCUUGUUCUUUACCUUCUUCAAGUGUUAGUGCUUCAGAUUUGAAAAACAUUAAUAGCCUUACCCGAAUUUCAUCAGCUGGAAACACACAGACAACGUGGACUACUUUGCAAUUGGCUGGAAACACUAUUCAGCCUUUAAGCCAGACACCAUCUUCUGCAGUGACUUCAGUAUUAAAUGAGUCUGGUACCAGCCCCAUACCAAGCAGCCACAGGUAUGUGGCUACAGGCAUCAACUUAAGUAAUUCCCUUCCAACAGAUGGGCAGCCAGUUGAGCAAGUAGUAGUAACUCUGCCUUCUUGUCCAUCAUUCCCUAUGCAGCCACUAAUUGCCCAGCCACAAGUUAAAUCUCAGCCACCAAAAAAUAUCCUUCCCCUGAAUUCAGCAAUGCAGGUAAUUCAGAUGGCUCAGCCAGUUGGGUCAGCUGUUAGUGCACCUCCAAUUAACCAAAAUGUCAUCAUUCUUCAGCCAUCCUCCACGGCCCCAUGCCCAGCCAUGAUGAGGGCAGAGGUUCCUAACCAAACAGUAGGCCAGCAGAUUGUCAUCAUACAGGCAGCUAAUCAAAACCCAUUGCCAUUCCUCUCUGCUCCCCCUCCUGGUUCUGUUCGACUCCCUGUCAAUGGAGCCAGUGCUAUAAUAGGGUCUCAUAAUUCAGUGCAAAAUGUGCCGGCCCCACAGACUUUUGGAGGAAAGCAUCUUGUCCACAUAUUACCAAGACCUUCAUCUUUAUCCACACCUAAUUCAACACAAACUUUUUCUGUUAACAUGUCAAAUCAACAACAGCCUCAAACCAUUUCUUUAAAUGGACAGCUCUUUGCUUUGCAGCCUGUGAUGUCUUCAUCAGGAACUACAAAUCAAACCCCUAUGCAAAUUAUUCAGCCCACUACUAGCGAAGAUCCAAAUACCAAUGUUGCCCUGAAUACAUUUGGGGCUUUGGCCAGCCUCAAUCAAAGCAUAUCACAGAUGGCUGGGCAAAGCUGUGUACAACUGUCUAUUAACCAGUCUGCCAAUCCUCAAGCUGCUACAAACAGUCAAACUGGCUCAGCUAACUCUGUCUCACUAACAACAGCUGUAACACCACCUGUGACAGCAGAUAAUUCAGCCACACUCUCCAGUGCUCUUAGUCUUGUGACUACUUCCUCAGUGAAUACUGUCACUUGUUUGCCCCCUACCACAAAAUCAAAAAGAUUGAACAAGAAGGCAGGUACUAAGAAAUACUUAGCAGCUAAUAAGUCAGCAUGUCCCCUGAAUCCGGUCAGAGACAUGGGCAAGUUAGACUGCCCCAACACAAACUGCUCAGCAGAGCCAUCAUGUAGUGAUAGCCUGCUGGAAAACCUCCCUGUUGGCCCACCAUCUGUGUCUCAGGAAAAUAGUGUUAGUGUCUCUGUUUCACAUUCUCUGGAUGUUCUAAAUUCUGAGUCUGUAUCCAAAUCUAAAUCAGCAGAAGACUCGAGCCCACCCUCCCAAGAAUCUGAAACAAAUGAGCAUUUUAUAGUAUCCCCAGCAGAAGAAUCCAAAGAGUCUACUCCCAUUUUGCAACAAGAGACCUCUCAGGAUAAACCGCUAACUACUGUCGCAUUGUCUGAUGCUACCAAAUCCUGCACUUCAGCCAAUGUGUUGAGUCCAUCUCCUAAUGAUGCCCAGAUUUUGGUUACUCAGGUUUCUGGUUUGUCAUCCACUCCAAGCACUUUGAGCAGUGACUGUGUUUCUGAGGUAGAAAUCAUGGCAGAACCUUGCAGGGUCCAGCAGGAUUCACCAGACACAAUGCAAACGGCAGGUCUCUUAAAGGGGCAAGGACUAACCACAUUGCUGUCUGAUCUCGCUAAAGAAAAAGACCCUCAGAAAUCAUGUCUUUCAGUCCAGAUGGGUCAUCCUGACUUUUCUCCAGAAAAUUCUAAGAUAGGUGAUUCUAAUGUCGAUUUACACCCCAAGCAGGAACUCUUACUAAUGAACAGUGAUGACAGAGAUCCACCACAGCAUCAUUCCUGCCUCCCUGACCAAGAGGCUCUCAGUGGUUCUUUGCUCACCAGUAGACAGGCUGACUCUCCUAUGUCAACCAGCUCUGGCAGCAGUCGGAGCUUCUCAGUUGCAUCCAUGCUUCCUGAAACAACUCGAGAAGAUGUGACCAGCAGUGUAGCAAAUAACACAUGUGACAGCUGCACCUUUGCAGAGCAAGCUGAUAUAGUAGCUCUUGCAGCAAGAGCUAUUUUUGAGCAGGAGAACAUUGAGAAGGGAAGGGUUGGUAUCCAGGGUGAUGUAAAGGAAGUUACUUCAAAGCCUUCUGAAACAUCUUUAGAAGGAGACCAACGUUUUAAACCACGGAUCCAUAAGGAGAAUGGCACAGGACAGGCGGAAGCAGCACCAAAUGAAUUUAACUCUCGGGAUUCAAUUGAAGUGACUGUGGAUAGGCCUGUUGAAAAACCAAGCUGUUCUCUAGGAAUGAAAACAUCAAAUACCUCCUUACAGGUUUCAGCUUCUCAGCCGCCGAGCCUCACUAGUUUAAGUGUGAAUAAUCUUAUCCACCAGAGCAGCAUCAGCCAUCCUCUGGACAGCUGUGCAGGUUUAUCUCAAACUUCAGAGCAAAGAACUAUUCCUGUGAGUGUUAAUCUGACAGUUUCAUCCAGCUCCUAUGGCAGCCAGCCUCCUGUACCACCACUGAUGACAGAAUAUUCCCAGGAACAGCUGAACACCUUGACUAGUGCCAUACCAAAUCCACAGAUACAAGAACCCCUCUUAAAGCCUAGCCACGAAAGCCGUAAAGAUUCUACUAAGCGCACCAUCCCAGAUGAUCUUCUGCUGUCUUCAGCCAAACGCCACAAGCAUUGCCAGCCAGCCUCCCUCAGGCUUGAAAGUAUGUCCUUGAUGAACAGAACUCCAGACAGCAUUUCUGACCAAACUCAAAUGAUGGUUAGUCAGAUUCCUCCCAAUUCUUCAAACUCAGUUGUACCUGUUAGCAACCCAGCACAUGGAGAUGGCCUUACACGGUUAUUCCCACCUGGUAACAACUUUGUGGCUCCUGCGUUGAGGCAAACUGAAGUUCAGUGUAAUUCUCAGCCUUCGGUUGCUGAGCAGCAGCAGCAGCAGCAGCAGCAACAAACCCAGGCAGGUCAACAUCUGCAGGCCUUGCAGCAGCAUGUUCCAGCUCAAGGGGUGUCUCACCUUCACAGUAACCAUCUCUAUAUCAAGCAGCAGCAGCAACAGCAAGCAGGACAAUUAAGAGAGAGGCAUCACUUGUAUCAGCUGCAGCAUCAUGUACCUCAUACAGAAAAUGCUGUCCACUCUCAGCCCCAUAAUGUGCACCAACAGAGAACUCUACAGCAGGAAGUUCAGAUGCAGAAAAAGAGGAAUCUCGUACAGGGCACUCCUGCCUCUCAGCUUUCUUUACAGCCAAAGCACCAUGGAACUGACCAGGCUCGACCCAAGAGUAGUCAGCCACAUCCCCACCAUCAACAGAUACAGCAGCAGAUGCAGCAACAUUUUGGAAGUUCCCAGCCAGAGAAGAGCUGUGAAAACCCUUCAACUAGCCGGAGCCACCAUAGCCAUCCCCAGAACCAUCUCAGUCAAGAUAUUAUGCACCAGCAGCAGGAUGUUGGAAGUAGACAGCAAGGUUCGGGGGUUUCUUCUGACCAUGUAUCUGGGCAUAAUCCAAUGCAGAGGCUUUUGCCAUCAAGAGGCUUAGAGCAGCAAAUGGUGUCCCAACCAAGUAUUGUGACUAGGUCUUCAGACAUGACCUGUACUCCACACAGGCCAGAGAGAAAUCGAGUGUCAAGUUACUCUGCUGAGGCACUCAUUGGAAAGACAUCUUCUAAUUCAGAGCAGAGAAUGGGCAUAUCAAUUCAGGGUUCCAGAGUUUCAGAUCAGCUUGAAAUGAGAAGCUAUCUUGAUGUUCCCAGAAAUAAGAGCUUGGCUCUCCAUAAUAUGCAGGGUCGUGUGGACCAUGCUGUCCCCUCAGAUAUCCGCCUUUCUGAUUGUCAGACAUUUAAACCAAGUGGAGCCAGCCAACAGCCCCAGAGUAAUUUUGAAGUACAGUCUUCAAGAAAUAAUGAAAUAGGUAACCCUGUAUCAUCACUGAGAAGUAUGCAGUCCCAGGCUUUUCGAAUAAGUCAAAACACUGGCCCACCACCAAUUGACCGACAAAAGAGAUUACCUUAUCCACCAGUUCAGAGCAUCCCGACAGGAAACACUGUCCCACCAAGGGACAGUGAGAAUACAUGUCACCAAAGUUUCAUGCAGAGUUUGCUUGCUCCUCACCUUGGUGAACAGGUCAUUGGGAGCCAAAGGUCACUCUCAGAACAUCAGAGGAAUACACAGUGUGGUCCAUCCUCUGCAGUUGAGUAUAAUUGUCCCCCAAGUCAUGAAAGUGUUCAUAUUAGAAGAGAGAAUGAGAGUCAGAAUAGGGAGAGUUGUGACAUGUCCUUAGGUGCAAUUAACACCAGGAACAGCACCUUGAAUAUUCCUUUUUCAAGCUCCUCUUCCUCAGGAGAUAUUCAAGGUCGAAACUCAAGUCCCAAUGUUUCUGUACAGAAGUCCAAUCCUAUGAGGAUUACUGACAGUCAUGGGACCAAGGGCCAUAUGAACCCUCCUGCCACAACCAAUAUGCACGGGGUUGCAAGGCCAGCUUUGCCACACCCAUCUGUGUCUCAUGGGAAUGCUGACCAAGGGCCUCCUGUACGUCAAGCUAAUUCUUCAGUUCCCCAGAGAUCAAGGCAUCCCCUGCAAGACAGCAGUGGUUCCAAAAUUCGCCAAGCUGAAAGGAAUCGUUCUGGAAACCAAAGGCACAGCAAUGUCUUUGAUCCAAGUCUUCCUCAUCUUCCUCUCUCUAGCAGUAGCGGCAUGAUUCUUGGACGUCAACAACCUGCUGCAGAGAAGAGAGGAAGUAUUGUACGUUUUAUGCCUGACAGUCCACAAGUACCUAAUGAUAAUUCAGGUCCUGACCAGCAUACGCUGUCACAAAAUUUUGGUUUUCCUUUUAUUCCUGAGGGUGGCAUGAAUCCACCCAUAAAUGCUAACACUUCCUUCAUUCCACAGGUUACUCAGCCUAGUGCCACGAGAACUCCAGCUCUCAUCCCAGUGGAUCCCCAAAACACUCUGCCCUCCUUCUAUCCCCCGUAUUCUCCUGCUCAUCCUACUCUGUCCAAUGAUAUUUCAAUUCCCUAUUUUUCUAAUCAGAUGUUUUCCAAUCCCAGCACAGAGAAGGUAAACAGUGGAAGCUUAAACAACAGAUUUGGCUCAAUUUUAUCUCCUCCCAGACCUGUUGGCUUUGCUCAGCCAAGCUUUCCUCUUCUCCCUGAUAUGCCGCCAAUGCACAUGACCAACUCUCACUUAUCCAAUUUUAAUAUGACAUCUUUAUUUCCAGAAAUAGCAACAGCACUUCCUGAUGGCUCAGCAAUGUCACCUUUGCUUACCAUAGCAAACUCCUCUGCUUCUGACUCUUCCAAGCAAUCCUCAAACAGACCGGCACACAACAUAAGCCAUAUUCUAGGUCAUGAUUGCAGUUCAGCUGUUUAAAUCCAGAGAAACAAAAUGUAAAGGUUUGGUUGAGAGGACAGAUGCCCUUAUGUGCACAUGUGCAUUGAGAGAGCUUGUGUCUUUGUGUUAGAUAAUCAUUUUUCAAUUAGCUUCUGGUUUAUAGGGAAGCCAUGUCAGGAUGCAUGUACUGAGGUUGUCAAAACAAAUCAUCUUUCAUUUUUAAUUGUAUGUUGUGUUGUUUUUUAAAUAUUCCAGAUGAUUUAUAUGUCCAAGUUUGAUUUAUCUUUUAUUCCCUAAAUACCAGUCAACUGGAAGUUGAGGAGAUGAUCUUGACUCAUGCUGGAUAACAGGAAGGGGCUAGGAUUUUUAAGCUUGAUUAUUGGUAAGUUGUAGAAAAGGUAGUUGAGUUGCUAAUCCAAAAGUACAAGCAACUUAAUAAAAUAUGAUGGUUCAAUACUAGAUGCUGGGUGGUCAACAUCUAACAGUUCUGAACAGUGGCCCAUGAUGAUUGAUAAUGAGUUAAAUUCCCAUAAUUAAAAUUAAGCAAUUAGCAAAUAAAUUAAUUGUUUGACCAGCCUUUAUUUCCAAGGCCUGGUGUAGAGACUUCUUUCUUAUAAUUGUUUAAUAAACUAUCUAAAUUUCAUGUCUUGUUCUCCAAAGUAGGGGACCACAUUAUCUUUUAAUGUGCCAACGUCCUUUAAAGCAAAAGUCUUCCAUAGACAAUUAGCCUUAAAAAUACAAAGCUAAGAAAUAAAAUACAGAAAUGCUUUUCACUUAGUACUUGGAUUUUGCAUCAGGCCAUAAGGAUACAAGCAGUUGUAUUGUGGCUCUUUGGAGGGUCAUUUAGCAGUUGGUGUUUCAUCAUUUGACUUGAUUUAGUAUUUUCUUCUAUUUAUUUGGCUUUGAAAUAAAUUUAUUUCCAUCCACUUAAAUAUUAGGACUGCUCAGUAGACUCUACACUUUUGGACCUUUUCAGAUAUUUUUGAAUGGAGUUUUAAGCUCUCAGUAUUUGCAUUUGCUGAUAUUUAUAUUAAAUAUGGCUUUGUAUAUUGCAUUAUUAUCCUUUUUUGACAAUUUAAUGAGAAAAUUGUUCAUUUUUCUUGAUGGUAGGUAUGAAAUGGUGCUUCACAAAAGUACAGUCUUUACUAUGAGUGUGUGAAUGUGAAAAAUGUAUGAGAAAACAGAUAUUCUAAAUUAUAGCCUGGUUCUUACUAUUGCACUGUGUGUGUGUGAUGUACAUGAUAAAAGAUAAAAUCUGUCAAUUAAAAUGAACAGAUUUGAAAAAAGGCAGGACUGCCAUCUAAAAAUUACAUUGAAACCUGAUAAAGUAUAGAAAAGUUUGAUGUAGAUGGGUUUUAAAAACCAUACUGAAUUAGUAAUAAUUUUUAAAACACAUACGUUCAAUUUUGAAAACUUUAAGAAAACAAAAAUAUGCACUGAUUUAAAAAAAAAAUGAAGUAAACUCAUACGACUUUUGUUAUCUUCUGUUAAAAAUGGAAUGCAGAGGAAAAGAUGCACAUGAACAGACCUGCUGGCUGUGCUGAAGAAAUGAGCCCAGGGACCUGCAGAGGUUUUGGUUUUCCUGAGUACAUUACUUAAAACAAUACAUGAAUGCCACAGCU